UCUUGCCUGUUUCACAGCAGUGGAGAAGAUUGUUUACUAUUUUUCUUUAAUAGCGAUAAAAAACAUAUCACGUUUAAAUGGAAAUAAACAGUGAUUAAGUGCAGAACAUACCUAGUACAUUAUAUUCUCUAUCAACAUCGCAUUUAAGGUAAGUGUGUUCUGUAUAAGACACCAAGCUAGCCUAACAAUUUUGCUAGCUAACCUAGCAGUUAGCCAGGAAGAAUGGCUUGCAGCUGUCAUGCUUUUCUAGACAGCUAGCUAGCUGUCUGAAUGACACUGUCCUCACUUUGCAGAACGACAUAGCUAACAUAAUGGCCCUUUUGUACAAAUGUAGUUAGCUGUCUGGCCUGUGUAGCUGGCUGUCUAUAGCUAGACACGUCCAGAACCAUGUUAGCUAACGUUAGCUAGCUUACUACAUCAUGCUAGCUAGCUAACCUUUGUUACUUUAAUUAUUUUGACUGCACCAUUGAUCAGCAAUGCUGUGAUGUAAACAGUGCAGACGUUCUUACCAUAAUGUUUAUGUAUACUGUAGGAAGGUCAGAACAUUUACAGGUACAAAUCUUGCAUAUGGUACUAUACUAUAGUUGUACUUGUAAAUUAUAGUGUUAUAGUCUGUGUCCCACUGGGAGGAAUAAAAUGAUGUGUGUUUUCCUGCAGUAAAAAUGAAUUAUAUAAAGGUUAGGGUUGCGUUAAGUUUGCCUGGCUACCCAGACUUCUUUCUCCGGCCAAACGCUACGCCACAGGCACGGACGUUAGUUUAUUGUAGCGAACGACAGAGCAUUGGAAGAAUUUAGUGCGAGUCGUCAGGCUAUCAUUAAGUCUGUCUGAUUUUAAUUUACAGUGACCACAAUGACAGCCAUCAAGCACGCCCUCCAGAGGGACAUCUUUACGCCCAAUGAUGAGCGUCUCCUCAGCAUCGUCAACGUCUGCAAGGCAGGGAAAAAGAAGAAGAACUGCUUCCUGUGUGCCACGGGUGGGGCAUAAAUUCCUUUCAAGUCUAACAUGAAUCAGCUAAUUUCACUAUCUCACCAGUGAAAUGAUGUAAACAUUCAGAACUUGAAAACCACUGUCAGAGAUUUAACAUCAGAAACAGUGAUUUCACUGAUAAGGCUACAGAAAUGGAUCCACAGAUCACUUACACCCCAUUAUUAGACUAUUAUAACUGUUUGAUGCUUCUACCCCAGUCACCACAGAGAGGCCGGUGCAGGUGAGAGUGGUAAAAGUGAAGAAGUCAGACAAAGGGGAUUUCUACAAACGGCAGAUGGCCUGGGAACUGAGGGAUCUGGCUGAAGUGGAUGCAAAAGAUGCCAGCAAGGUCAGGGAAAGAGUGAUUUUUCUCAACUUCCUCUCACUGCCUGAAUGUAAUUUCUCAUAGAACCUUGUCUUUCUCUCUCCUCCUCAUCCUCCCAGUGGCUAUUUUACUUUAACCUCCUUUCCUCAUAUACUUUAUCCUCCUCCUGCUAAUUUUAUUGAAAUUCACAUUUGGCAUCUCUUCUGCUCUUGUCAUUCAGGAGAACCCGGAGUUUGACCUCCAUUUUGAGAAGGUGUAUCGAUGGGUGGCCAGCAGCACAGCUGAGAAGAAUUCCUUCAUCUCAUGCAUUUGGAAGCUGAACCAGCGUUACCUACGGAAGAAGGUGGAGUUUGUGAAUGUCAGUUCCCAGCUGCUGGAAGGUAUGACAGCUCUCUAACUAUGGGGAAGGAUCAAAAGCAUGUGUGUUUUCUAGUGACCCUUGCUGUCCCUGUACCUUGCAUCUAUGAGACUCUUCUUUCUUGCCUGUUCCCAAUCUCCUGAACUCAACCUGAAGUGUUUCCAGAUAAAUCUAUGUAACCUGUCAGUUGACCUUUGGUGUGGCUUUCUGUGGCUUAACACAUAUUUAUUUUCACUCUUCUCUCUUAAACUGUCACUGGCCAGAGCUUCCUAAAGCGGAAGGUUGGUAGCACUUAACUUCUUUUCCCAUUUCCUCUUCAUUGUGAUUUCAUAGUGUUGAAUCACCAUUCUCAUAGUAGACGCACACAUCUUUGAAAGCUGUUGCUAUUGUUUGCUUUAUUUGGCUAUUGAGUGAGUGGCUGUUGAAUGGGUGUUACUAUAUGAAUAUUAGUCUGUUCUGUAGUGUAUAUGCGUUUUGGAUUAUAUAUUCGUUCAAAUGGAAGGGUGAUGUUUGUUUGUGUGGAUGUGCGUGUACUGUACUGUAUGCACUGUGCACAAUGUUAAACCAUCCUCUCUGUCCUUGGUUUAGAGUCAGUCCCCAGUGGUGAGAGCCAGAGUGUUGCCGGGGGUGAUGAGGAUGCUCUGGAUGACUACCAAGAGCUGAAUGCCCGUGAGGAGCAAGACAUUGAAGGCAUGAUGGAGGUGUGCGAGUAUGCCAUCUCUAAUGCAGAGGCCUUCGCUGAGAAACUCUCCAGGGAGCUACAGGUUCUGGAUGGGGUAAGUAGACAGCCAUGGAGCCUUGGGUCUUCUUGAGGGCAAUUUAGACUUGAGUUGCCUGACAUGCACUGACUACUGUCCUUUGUGAUCUAUGAUUGAGCACAUUACAGAGUGGUUUCUUUCACCGUGAUGGAUGAACAUUGUGGUUAAAGUGACCACCUCCAAUAAUCCCCCCAAUCCCAGGCCAACAUCCAGUCCAUCAUGGCAUCUGAGAAGCAGGUGAACAUCCUGAUGCAGCUGCUUGACGAGGCUCUUUCGGAGGUGGACACCAUUGAGGGCAAGCUGAGCAGCUAUGAGGAGAUGCUGCAGAGCGUCAAGGAGCAGAUGGACCAGAUCUCCCAGAGCAACCGCCUCAUCCAGAUCAGCAACACCAACAACGGCAAGCUGCUGGACGAGAUCCAGUUUCUGGUGGUGAGCACUGCGGUUGAUGUGGGGGAGGGUUCCUGUUUCUGUUUGUUUGGAUGAGGUUUGGAUGGUUUGCCUCUAUUUCGUACGAUUACGAUACAGUACCACAAGCUAUGGGGUGUUUUCUAUGACUUGUUGGUUUAAUGAGAUGAUGUUGAAUGAUGAGGGGCGGCAGGUAGCAUAGCUAUUAACAGCGUUGGUUCAGUAACCGAAAGGUCGCUGGUUCGAAUCUCCAAGAUAACUAGGUGAAAGAUUUGUUGAGUUGCCCUUGAGUAAGGCACUUAACUCCAAUUGCUCCUGUACGUUGCUCUGGAUAAGAGCGUCUGCUAAAUCAGUGGUUCAGGGGUUAUUUUUAUUUUUAGGAAUUCAGUCUGGUUUUCAACUCUUGAAAGUUGUAAUAGUAGAAUGCACAAGGUGCAAUUUCGAAAUUGGGUAGUGCAUCAUCAGUUCCUCUUGUCAUGUCAGUCAUUGCAUACCUUAGAGAGCUAUUUAUAACUUCAGAAAUAUCCAGAUCAACUAGCCCAUGUCAGCUAACAUUUUAUAGCUAGGUUUUUUAACCAAUAGAUUUUGAGUCACUCAAAUAUCACAUGAAUAAACAUUAGACAUGGAAAAAUGUAUAGAGUUGUAGGAAAAUUUGGUUUAAAACUGCAACAUUUUGUGUCAUGAACAGUGCUUGUGCCCAUACAAAUAGACAUGGCGCGCACAGGAUGUUCCCCAAUGCUGGAAGGAGGGCCUGAGUGAAAAUGUUUGGGAAUCCCUUUGCUAAAUGACUACAAUUUAAAUGUAAAUAAUGAAUACCUGUCCCUCAGAAUUAUAUGGACCUGUCGAAGGGACACAUCAGGGCCCUGCAGGAUGGAGACUUGUCCUCCCCCAAAGGCAUCGAGGCCUGUAUCAACGCCUCUGAGGCCCUACUGCAGUGCAUGAACGUGGCACUCAGACCAGGUCAUGAGAAACUGAUGGCUGUGAAACAGCAGCAGCACCUGUUCACUGAGCUCAGAGAUACCUUCGCCCGGCGCCUCACCAACCACCUCAACAACGUGUUCGUCCACCAGGUAAUCCACACAACACAGUAACACUUCACUAGACUUCUCGGUAAUCUAAACAUGGUCUCAAGAUUUUUUAUUCGGAUUUAUAUUGAACAACAUUUAUGACUAGAUACUAGGCAUAACAGAGCACUGUACACAUUUCUUGUUACAGUAUUAAAAUGUUUCCGUCCUCAUACACUUCCUGGUUAAGCUCUCUUUCCUCUGAUCGUGUCUCUUCCAGUCUCUGUGCUGUUUCCUUCCUGUACUGCUCUGGCCCUCCUGACCUUCACUCUCUGCCUCACUCUGAACCACCCCACUCUGCUCUCUGCUUUCUGUCCCUGUCAGUUCAACCACUUCAGUCACUUCAAAAUGACCAUCCCUCAGUUCUAUAGGUCCUCCUGUAUGUCGCUUCCAGUGAGUAGUACCCUCACAGCAACCCCAUUGACCCCUCCACUCUAACCUAUGACCUUUCCUACUUAUCUACACGCCCCUGUUUUCUUGCCAAAAUGCAUUACUGACUGCAUGGGUUGUGCUGCUCAUGACUAAGCUAAACCUCCUCUCUUUCAUCUCAACGGGUCUAAAAGCCUCAGAAACACCUCAGACCUUGCUCCACCACCUCCACUGGAAGAUUGACUGGGCUCUCCUUGCACUUUGCUUCCUUCCUGUGUCAGAGUGCUGCUGUGACUUUGCUGUGCUGUGGUGCCAUGUCAUAAUACUUCUGCCUGUCUGCAUGCUUGGUAGCAGCCCUAGAAGCAAGUGAAUUGAUUGAGAAAGGAAAAAAAGCUAGAAAAUGUUAGGUACAAAUGCCGGGAUGUUCUUGUCAAUGAGGUUAUUUGAAUGUUGAGGUUGAAUAUCUGAACAGUUAAUCUUGUACUACUAACCUCAGUGGUCCAUUGGGCCACACAAACUGUCCCUAUGAAUGCAGGGGAUGUCCGUAAAGGGACCAAGAGGGUUCAAGAAAAAGUAUCUCCCUGCCUGUGUGUGUAUGUGUUUGAGAUGGUGUUUCUCUGUAUGAGCUGUGUUAACUUACCUUUGUUCCCUACAUCCAGGGCCAUGACCAGAGCUCCACGCUUUCCCAGCACACGGCAGAGCUGACCCUGCCUAAACACAGCCCACUGCACAGGGACCUGCUGAGAUACGCCAAGCUCAUGGAGUGGCUCAAGAACACCCAGAGAGAGAAGUACGACGGCCUGUCUAGGGUGAGUGGCUUCUUCUCCAAGAUUAUCAUCAUUAUUAUUACUGCCCUUGCCAUAGCUAUAUCCUAUUGUUAUCACCAUUACCACCACUACUAUAACAUCUCCAUCUCCAUCACCAGCAACACUAUGAUAAUAUCUUAAUGUGUCUCAUAACAAGUAGACAGGUAUUCAUUGAAUUUCUCUCUCCGUUUUCAGACCUAUGUUGAUUACAUGACCAGAUUAUAUGAACGAGAAAUCAAAGAUUUCUUUGAGGUGGCGAAGAUCAAAAUGGCGGGCACAACCAAGGAGGGGAAGGGAAAUAAAUUUGGUAAGACCUCUGAGUGUCUUUAAAUGUGGGAUGUUUGUGUGAUUGUUUGUCUUUUCUUUUCCCUGUGAAAGCUUGUAGUUUGCUGUGUGGUUUAGCCAAUUUAGUUCCUGUUUUUUUCCCUUGGGUUGUUGCAUAUGGUUUGUAUUUGGGGUGUGUGUGUGUGUGUGUGUGUGUGUACUGUAUCUAUGUGAUUUGGUUUUGAGGUAAGUGUGUGUAAUUCUGUUCAAUAUUUGUCCAUCUGUACUGUAACAUCACCAGCUUUUUCUGCAUGGUUCCCCUUGCUCUAUUCCAGGACUAUUUGGUAACGGUGUUCAUCCCAGCAAACACAACUACAUGUAGUUACCUGCCCCGUACUGCCUCCUGUGUCAUAGCUUUCACUGCCUAGAAAAGGUCCCAGUGUGAUGUCAUUGUCCUGCUCAAUGUUGCUAGCUGGUGUUUUGCUCAAUGUUAUUUCCCUAUUUGGCUGCUUACUGUAUGAAGAGCCUAAAAUUAAUCCUACAACUCAUUCUGACUGCAGAGUAUGACUUCACUCAUUUAGUGUUUUAAGACAAAUGAGUGAUUUCAUUCCUCUUGUAAUGUUUAGGCUCCCCAGAUAAAGUUUACUUGUAAAGUAAACGGAAAUAUACUGUAUUUAAAGUAAAUAUAUUUAUAUUUCAAUGCUCUAAAAAACUACCCUUUCAUUUAGUGAACUUUGGUUUGAAGGAGUAUACGGCUCUGCUUCCUGAAUUUCAGUCUUAGCUUUUCUCUCCAGAAAACAAAAUGAGCAAAACUUUUGUUUUCAAAAAUGCUUUCUUAAGGCCAAACACAGCCUCUGCAGUGCAUUUCAGUCUGUUACCUUUGACCUGUAACCUCUUAACGUGUCCCCAUGCUGCAUGUCAUGAGCCUAACAUGUCUCUGUCUCUGAUGCCUGCUAUUCUAACUGGCCACCAGCCACGCUUCCACGGAAAGAGAGUGCUCUCAAACAGGAAACGGAAAGUAAGUAUCCCAUAUGGGUCACGCAGUCCGACCCCUGUAACCUGUAACCUGCCACCCACACCCACCCCUAUCCACCUGCUCCCCACUACUAUGUCCCUGAUACUGCUGCACAGACAGAACCCCCUCCCCCUCAGUCAGAACCCUCCUCCCCUACAGACUCCCUCAGCCCUCUGCCUAGAGUAACCCCAACCUGCCAUCUAUAGAACAUUCUACUGGCCACUUGUUAAAGAGCACCUAAACUAACACCUAUCAGACAUGAAAAACAAUGAGCAUGUACAUUCUUUAUGGCAUAGGAUACUACUACUCAUUCACAAUACAAAAGGAUAUAUUAAGGUCAACGUAUCCAGCAAGUUUCUCUGAUAAUGAAUGUCCAACAUCCAUAAUAAGAUUAUUGAUAUUUAAUGGUCUUUAUCACCGAGCACGCCUUUCAUUGUUUCAAUGUUGCAUAUGUUAUUCUAUCUCAAUUGUUUUCAGCUGUUCAUGUUAUGUGUAAUUACUGCAAAACUAACAUGUUUUAAAGAUGCAUAUUAACAUGGGCUUUGUGGCACACUUUUUCAGAAGCCACAAAGUUAUUUAUUUUUAAUAGCACAGUUGCUCUGCUUUGAAAAUAAGUCCAUGUGAAUGCAGCUUUGGUCUCAGGGGCUAUAGAUAGGGCAGUGUUCCACAGACUAGUAUUUAGCCUGUGGUUAGAACAUGUUUUCAACUGUUUCCCCUCUGGUGUCCCAGGCCUGCAUGGCAGCUCUGGGAAGCUGACGGGCUCCACCUCCAGUCUGAAUAAGCUGGCAGUGCAGGGCUCCAACAGCAGGCGCUCCCAGUCCUCCUCUCUGCUGGACAUGGGCAACAUGUCUGCCUCAGACCUGGAUGUGGCCGACAGGACAAAGUUUGACAAGGUGAUGCUCACAGAGAGGGCCAUAGCCACCAUACACUACAGUCUUUAUAUUGCACAUACUACCCGUGGGUUUUUGUAGAUCUCUUUGUCAUUUUAGAUGUGUCAUUUGUUUUGUGUGUUUAUUUAUAUUGAUCCAUUGAUGUAGGCGUCUCUCUUUUUGUAGAUCUUUGAGCAGGUUCUUAGUGAGCUGGAGCCUCUCUGUCUAGCAGAACAAGACUUCAUCAGCAAGUUCUUCAAGCUACAGCAGCACCCCACCCUGGCUCAGGUAAAUUACAUGCUAAUCUGACUGGCUGAGUGUUUGCAAGUGAGAUUACGAGUAACUUCUAAAUUAUUAACCACCGUUUUUUUUCUAUCAGGGAGAAAUGGAGGAGUCGGAUGGAGGGGUGUCCUCCAGACAGCCCCCUCCAGGGGAACACAGACACUCCAUGUCAUUGACUGAGUGAGUAGCUAGCUUCUCAUCUCUUACUGACAUUUACUGUAUGCUCUGAAUGUCCAUCAAUAGUACAAGGGCAGUGGUCAUCAACCUUUUCUGAGUCAAGAUCACUUUCUCAGUCAAAAAGUAAGCCAUGAUCUACUGCUCAGAUUUUUUAAAAACAUUACUUUAAAAAAUGUAACAUUAACCUAAUAAAAACAGUUAUGUAGGAAUGAGGUUUGUGCAGUAGGCCAAAUACAUUAUCACAGCAAAUUGGCUAUAUGCCUGGCCUGACAAUAUUGUUCUUCUAAGACCAUAUUAUAUUUAAAAACUUGAGCUUUGAUAACAAAAUAGAUCAGUUGUAGCACUUGUGAGGCACAGCUGAGCAUAAAUUGAAAUGAUUUGCAAAUAAUUCGCUUUUCUAUUUUACUGGACUGGUGCUACUUGCAUCUGAUGGUCAUGGUUCUUUCAAGACAACUGGGAACUCUGAAAAACAACGAGGUCAAAUCAUGACGUCAGUGAUCUUCAGGUCGGAAAGGCGGAGCUCUAGAAAGAUGCCUGAGUUUCCGUUCAAAACGAUUUUUCAGUUGUCAUGAACGCUCGGAAGUCGGAGAUGUCCGAGUUCCCAGUUGUUUUGAACACGGCAUUAGUCUUGGCGGAGGGAGGGAGAGAGCAGCAGAGGGUCCACUUCUCACGGUCCCUGCUCUCUCAUUCCUUUCCUCUGGUGAGACUGACCAGAGGGGACACAGUCUUCCAACGGAUGGCGAAACUCGAGUCGCACCUGCUGAUGAAGUCUGCCUCAUGCACAAAUUCAUGUUGUUCCUAUGACCAGAGAAAGUGAAAUAUUCCUUGAUAUUAAUAUAGACAUGACGAGCUGCUAAUAAUAAUCAAAUGCAGGGCUAUCGAUACACUUGGCUACUAAUUCAUUGCAGCUGCAGUGCAAGUGGUAGUAUGGAGAAGCACAUGUUUUGUUUUGUAAUAGUGCUGAAUGAAAACACUCACUCAUAAAAACAGCAGCACUGCUUUUUUUAUUCUUCAGACUCUCUCUGGUCAUGGUUUUUUAAAGUUAUGAAAUCUCAUGUAGGCUAGUAUCAAACUUUGCUGGAAGCUAUAGGCACGGUGAUUUGAGCUAUCCGAUUGGCCAGCGCAGUAGGCGCACUUGAUUUAGCCACAGAUCUCCCGGUCUGCUGGGUAAGAGGAGUUUUGAAUUUUCAGACAAAUGAAAAGGUUCCAAAUGGAAACAUUUUGUCUACCUGCCGUGCAGGGCUUCUGAAUCAAGUGCACCUACCGCCAUCAGUGCAACAACAACAAAAAUUAGGAUUGCGAUCGACCGGUUGGUGACCACUGUACUAGGGGCACUAAACAUGCAACAAAUAUGACAAGUCCAAAUGUCAUCUUUCAUGGUCCACUUCUCUCCUACCCUCCUCUUCACUUUUACCAUAUUAUUCUCUGUCGUUCUGUGUCUUAUCACCCGUCUGGUCCUCCUCAGGAAGGACAUGGUGCGAUUGAUGAUGAACAAGAUCUUCCAGAGCAUUGAGACGGAACUCAACAGCCUCAUCGCCCUGGGAGACAAGAUUGACAGCUUCCACUCCCUGUACAUGCUGGUGAAGAUGAGUCACCACGUGUGGACGGCCCAGAACGUGGACCCCGCUUCCUACCUCAGCACCACCCUCGGCAAUGUGCUGGUCACCGUCAAGAGAAACUUUGACAAGUGCAUUGUGAGUAGAGUUCAGGUUAACCAGUUGAGUCUGUUGAUCUGUGUAUCGUACUGCUACAGUGAGGGAAAAAAGUAUUUGAUCCCCUGCUGAUUUUGUACGUUUGCCCACUGACAAAGAAAUGAUCAGUCUAUAAUUUUAAUGGUAGGUUUAUUUGAACAGUGAGAGAUAGAAUAACAACAAAAAAAUCCAGAAAAACGCAUGUCAAAAAUGUUAUGAAUUGAUUUGCAUUUUAAUGAGGGAAAUAAGUAUUUGACCCCUCUGCAAAACAUGACUUAGUACUUGGUGGCAAAACCCUUGUUGGCAAUCACAGAGGUCAGACGUUUCUUGUAGUUGGCCACCAGGUUUGCACACAUCUCAAGAGGGAUUUUGUCCCACUCCUCUUUGCAGAUCUUCUCCAAGUCAUUAAGGUUUCGAGGCUGACGUUUGGCAACUCGAACCUUCAGCUCCCUCCACAGAUUUUCUAUGGGAUUAAGGUCUGGAGACUGGCUAGGCCACUCCAGGACCUUAAUGUGCUUCUUCUUGAGCCACUCCUUUGUUGCCUUGGCCGUGUGUUUUGGGUCAUUGUCAUGCUGGAAUACCCAUCCACGACCCAUUUUCAAUGCCCUGGCUGAGGGAAGGAGGUUCUCACCCAAGAUUUGACAGUACAUGGCCCCGUCCAUCGUCCCUUUGAUGCGGUGAAGUUGUCCUGUCCCCUUAGCAGAAAAACACCCCCAAAGCAUAAUGUUUCCACCUCCAUGUUUGACGGUGGGGAUGGUGUUCUUGGGGUCAUAGGCAGCAUUCUUCCUCCUCCAAACACGGCGAGUUGAGUUGAUGCCAAAGAGCUCGAUUUUGCUCUCAUCUGACCACAACACUUUCACCAAGUUCUCCUCUGAAUCAUUCAGAUGUUCAUUGGCAAACUUCAGACGGGCAUGUAUAUGUGCUUUCUUUAGCAGGGGGACCUUGCGGGCUCUGCAGGAUUUCAGUCCUUCACGGCGUAGUGUGUUACCAACUGUUUUCUUGGUGACUAUGGUCCCAGCUGCCUUGAGAUCAUUGACAAGAUCCUCCCGUGUAGUUCUGGGAUGAUUCCUCACCGUUCUCAUGAUCAUUGCAACUCCACGAGGUGAGAUCUUGCAUGGAGCCCCAGGCCGAGGGAGAUUGACAGUUAUUUUGUGUUUCUUCCAUUUGCGAAUAAUGGCACCAACUGUUGUCACCUUCUCACCAAGCUGCUUGGCGAUGGUCUUGUAGCCCAUUCCAGCCUUGUGUAGGUCUACAAUCUUGUCCCUGACAUCCUUGGAGAGCUCUUUAGUCUUGGCCAUGGUGGAGAGUUUGGAAUCUGAUUGAUUGAUUGCUUCUGUGGACAGGUGUCUUUUAUACAAGUAACAAGCUGAGAUUAGGAGCACUCCCUUUAAGAGUGUGCUCCUAAUCUCAGCUCGUUACCUGUAUAAAAGACACCUGGGAGCCAGAAAUCUUUCUGAUUGAGAGGGGGUCAAAUACUUAUUUCCCUCAUUAAAAUGCAAAUAAAUGUAUAACAUUUUUGACAUAUAUAUUUUUCUGGAUUUUUGUUUUUUUAUUCUGUCUCUCACUGUUCAAAUAAACCUAGCAUUAAAAUUAUAGACUGAUCGUUUCUUUGUCAGUGGGCAAACGUACAAAAUCAGCAGCGGAUCAAAUACUUUUUUCCCUCACUGUACAUACUGUUGGGUGUGUGUGUGAAGCUGUUCUUGUUUCUCUCAGUCUGGUCAGAUCAGACAGAUGGAGGAGGUGAAGAUCUCUAAGAAGAGCAAGGUGGGCAUCCUGCCCUUUGUCACUGGGUUCGAGGAGUUUGCUGAGCUGGCUGAAACCAUCUUCCGUAAUGCAGAGCGCAGAGGGGAUCUGGACAAAGCAUAUGUCAAGCUUAUCAGAGCCGUCUUUAUGAAUGGUGAGUCUAAUACUUGCCCUGUGUCAGGAAGAUCGAAUAUUAUGAUUGGUGAAUGUUUUGUGUGUACUUUGAGUAAUGUGGUUGGCUGAUAGUCUGUGCUCUGAUUGGUGUUUGUCUUGCUGGGGGUGUGUCCAGUGGAGAAAGUGGCCAAUGAGAGUCAGAAGACGCCCCGGGACGUGGUGAUGAUGGAGAACUUCCACCACAUCUUCUCCACACAGUCCCGCCUGAAGAUCUCAUGCCUUGAGACAGAGAGGCGAGAGGCCAAACACAAGUACACAGACCACCUGCAGUCCUACGUCAUCAACUCCUUGGGCCAGCCCCUGGAGAAACUCAAUGUGAGAGGGGGGGUUUACACUUGGCAAAGCUAAUGUAAAUUUGUUUAAUGUUUAUAUGUAACAUACUGUACAUGUUAUAUAACUAUAACACAUUAGAAAUGUGUGAUUUCACAUAUUACAUGGCAUGCAUACUUGAAUGUACAGAAUUGAAAUAUGCACACAGUUGAUCAAGUAUGCCCCUAUGCUUUGCAGCACUUCUUUGAGGGAGUGGAGGCGCGUGUGGCCCAGGGGGUGCGUGAGGAGGAGGUCAGCUACCAGCUGGCUUUCAAUAAACAGGAGCUGCGUAAAGUUAUCAAGGAGUACCCUGGCAAGGAGGUGAAGAAGGGCCUGGACAACCUGUACAAGAAGGUGGAUAAGCACUUGUGUGAGGAGGAGAGCCUGUUACAGGUUAGUGACAGAGAAUCUAGAAGUGAUAGAUAUUAUAGAUCUGUUAUCUAAACAGCUGGUAGUUUCACUUGUUUCAGUGGUUGAUCCAAGUCUUUUUUUGUACAACAUUUCAAUUUCUCCACUAGGUGGUGUGGCACUCCAUGCAGGAUGAGUUCAUCCGUCAGUACAAACACUUUGAAGGCUUGAUUGGCCGUUGCUACCCUGGGUCUGGAAUCACCAUGGAGUUUACCAUUGGAGACAUGUUGGAGUACUUCUCAAGCAUUGCCCAGUCCCAUUAAUUACAAACAUACACAUUAUAACUUUACACAUGCUCUCUAUUGCUUCAUAGUGCCUCACACAGAAGAAACACUAUUUACUGAAACCAAUCCGUCAUUGCUGUGUGGCCAAUACGAAGUAGAUUUACUGAAAUUGAUUAAACUGCAGUUGAAAUUGUCUGCAGUUAAUUCUGGAAGGGAAUUAACAGUUGUAAAAAGUGUGUGUGUGUGUGGGCACAUAGCCUAGCGGUUAAGAGCUCUGGGCCAGUAACCGAAAGGCUGAGCCGAUUAGGUGAAAAUCUGUCAUUGUGCCCUUGAGCAAGGCACUUAACCCUAAUUGCUC